AUGGAGGCUGUUAGAUGUAAUCAUGCAGCUGUUGCUUACGAGGUAAUCCUAGGUUUGAAAUGUCUAGUAAAUAAACAGGGUCCAGAACUUCAGGAUCCGGCGUGGUCUAUUUUGUUAGAAAUUAUUUCACACGUUUUGUGCCACAUUGAUCUCACAUCAAGCCAAUCACCUAAUAGACUAAUAGUAGCUCCUUUACAUGACACCUUAAAUUUCAUAGAGCACUUAAUGAAAGUUGACAGCUACAACGGAUCAGUUAAACAAUUUUACGGCAUAAUCGAAGAAUGUUCCGCUGAUAGACCAGAAAGUUCAAUAUUGGGACUUAUAGUUCACCACGCUCAAAGUAUAGUUCCUACGGAGCAUCUGUGGUUGACGAAUCUGUAUAAUUUGCUGCAGAAAUAUUUUAAGCUGGAAAUUCGAAAAAAUAUCAGAUUAAAGGUUUUAGAAACUUUGUCGCAUGUAAUCAAACUGAAUCGGAGGCAAUAUGAAGACGAACUUAUAGAUCGCAUAGUAGUACCGCAUAUGGUUAAUAUGAAUUAUAAUAACGAUAUAGUUGUAAGAUCUUCAGUAGCUAAUCUACUAAUCGACCUUUGUCUUGAAUGCGAAUCAAAAAAGUGUCUAGAUCUAUUAGAUAUUUUGGAAAAGAUGUUGCUCAGACCUUUCGACACAUACCUAUCGGAUAAUAGCUCCCAUUCAGAUGCAGAAUUUUCCGAUAUAAAAUGCCUGGUGGAAGGACUUAUUAAGGUUUUUAUAGUAAAAAUUCACAAAUUACCAUCUACUCAUGCGAUCAAAAUCUAUAAAAUGUUAGUAAAAUUUUUGGAACUGCACUACAAUAAGCCAAAGUUGUUUGAAAAUUGUCCGAUCGUUAGAAAAAUGAUUUUUGAGUGUUUCUUAAAAAUAAGAGCAGAUCCUUUAUACCAUCUCGGUUAUCAGGAUGGAAAAAAUCUUAAAUUCAGUUCAUACAUAUGUGUUGUCUACAAGAGUACCGAUAGAGGAAGUUUGGGGUCUCCAGUGCCUCAAUCUCCCGCUCCACAUCAACGGCUUCCCGUUACUGUGACACCUGUAUCUCUUCGAGCCGCUUUCAAGAUAUUUAUAACUUGUCUAAAAGUGGAAAAAGACUGGGAAGUUCUUAGUUUAGUAAUAAUAGAAAUGACGAAAGCUUUACAAAACAAAGCCCUUCUUGUAUCGAAAAACGGAAACACUGAGUUGGAUUUACUAGUCGAUGUUCUCACAUCAAUGAUUACAGAGAAAAUUUACAAUCUACCAGAAUCUCUUAACGUAAAAGUUUCAAGACCCGAUUUUCAUGCCACAGUGCUUCUAGCGGUAGUGAAUCUAGCUUCCUAUCACAACUACCUAGAUCAAAUACAUCAACAAAAAAUUGUCCGAUGUCUCAUCAAAUGUUCCAAUUCCAUCGGCCCGAGAAGUUCGAAACACUGUAUAGCCGCAUUGACACUUUGUACCUUGGAAAUGAGAGAAACGAUGGUUAAAUGUCUGCCUGAAGUACUGCUUAAUUUGUCGAAGAUUUCUGCGACUGUGCACAUUGGUAUUCCAAUUUUAGAAUUUUUGUCGAACACCAUUCCCCCCUACGAAACCCAUAAAAUCGGCGUUUUAUAUGUUCGUGAAGGACAAAUCCACUCCGAAGUUGAAAUAUAUAAAAAUCGAUUUGGUUCUCUAAGAUAUGUCCAAUUUUUGCAACAGCUAGGCACUCUUGUGAAAUUGUCUGACGUCGAUCCUCAGACAUUUUUCCUUGGUGGAUUAGACCAACACGGAAAUGAUGGAAAGUUUGCCUAUAUAUGGCAAGAUGAUGUCACCAGGGUAAUGUUUCAUGUAGCUACAAUGAUGCCCAAUAAGGAAUCAGAUCCGACUUGUAACAAUAAGAAGAUGCACAUUGGAAAUAAUUUCGUUACUAUAAUUUACAACGAAAGUGGAGAAGAAGUUAAUAUGAGUACUUUUAAGCCUUUAGAUAUGGGCAUCAACAGAGUUACUGUUAAGGUAAAAGAAGAACUAGCGAAUUUGAUUGCAUCUAGCGAACCAAAAUUAGUAUCAGAUCAAAAUGUGGGAAUAUUCGCAAGGCAGAUAGCUCUACAUACUAAUAUGGCAUCUAUAGUAACAAAAUCUUUAAAACAUCCCAACGAACCAGCAGCUUCCAAUUGGAUCGAAAGGUUAAGACAGAUUAAAAAGAUCAGGAACAGAGCUAUUCAGGAUCAGAAGAACAAUGAAAGCAUUUAUCAAAACGAAAAAAGUAACGAGGAGGUCAAAAACAAAUAUAUGGAAGAUUUUACGGAUUAUACAUAA